CAGAACAAGCGACGAUCCGGCAACAAGCGCAAGACAAUUUUUUCUGGAUUAGAGUGUUGUGAGUGCCUUUUUUGGCAAUGCCCUAUCUUAAGGCGGCGGUGUCCAAGGAGUUCGGUCAAGUGUUGAAAGAUUUUCCCCCAGAAAAGAAUAAAGCAGCGCCUAGAUUGGUGAACCGACGGUAUGACAUGCAUCCAUCGACGAAAUCCAGGAUAUCGAAAUCGUUGAAAUUCCGAUCUCCACACGGAUGGCAUAAAGUGGAUGUCGUGACACAGGAAACUCCAUGGUGCCGCGACUGCAGAUGGUACGGUCAUGAUAGUGGAGCAUUGGACUGUCCCAAAGCGAGCAAGCCACAAGGACGAUCAUAUUCGGAGGUGGUGGGUGGUGGUUCUUCAGCUUUAGCGGCAGGAGGGCUGCCGCCGGAGGGUGGACGUCCACCGGGGGCGGGUGGUGGUCCUUCAGCACCAGCGAGAGGAGGCUUGCCGCCGGUGGGAGGACCUCCACCGGGAGGGCCCUUGCCCGGGGGACCUCCGCCGGGAGGACAUCACCCUGUGGGGAACAAUCCGGGUGGUUCAUCUGCUUCAGCGGUAGGAGGGCUGCCGCCGGUGGGGGGACGUCCGCCGGGGGCGGCGGGUGGUCCUCCAGCACCAGUAGGAGGAGGCUUGCCGCCGAUAGGGGGGCCUCCACCGGGAGGGUCCUCGCCCGAGGGACCUCUGCCGGGAGGACACCAGCCUGUGGGGAACAAUCCGGCUCUGCAAGAUCGUGGUUCUUCUAUCCCGGUGGUGGGAGGAUUACCUCCUGUGGGGGGACCUCCGCCGGGAGGGGAAACGACAGGAGGAAUGAAUCCACGUCAGCAGAGUGGAGGAAACCUUUUACAUGAGUCUGCGCCUUUGCCUUCACCAGCUGCCACGCUGUUACCUGCUAUCGGAGAUGGCCAUCCCCCACCAAUUUCGCCAUGGCCUACGGCUUCGUCGGUGCCUCUGGGAAUGCCUUUACCUGCUGUUCGAGAUGGGAUCUUCUGCCCACCUCGCCUCACCCCACGACCACUGGAGGAGGGAUUCAACUGCAACUUCGAUAGCAGGCAUAAGGAAUGAUGGUACCAACAGUUGGACCGGGACGGCUUACCGAGCAACAACAACUUGGGGGGGAUGGUGGCUACAAGGAGGCACCCCCUCCGACGAAAGAGAUAACGGGAGAGGAAGUGCUUAUGUUCCAACAGAAAGAUCCGUACCAAUCGCAGCGGAGAAAAGCGACCACAGGGGGGCCAAGGCAACAGCAACCGGGCCCUUACGAUCGGCCUUCUCAGGAUCGUCGUACCAUAUCAGAUGCGUCUCAAGCAAGA